UCGGGAAAUUUAUCAAUUGUUGGAGAAAGCAAGACCAAAUGCGGAAAAAUCGCGCAUGCAAAUGCUUGAUCGGGAGUCACUUUAGAAUUCAUUUCGAACUGAACUUUCCUCUAUUGUAAUCUAAUUUGCAGCACGAAUUUGUUUACAACAUUUUUGGGAAAGAGAACUACAACCAGAUCACAGCGAACCUUGACCUGCUACUCAAGCGGUUCAAUGAGGUGCAGUUGUGGGUCGAAACACAGAUUCUACUCACUCAACAACUCAACAAAAGAGUUUAUUUGUUGAAAAAGUUCAUUAAACUGGCCGCGCACUGCAAGGAGUACAAUAAUUGGUAUUCGUUCUUUGCUGUCGUCAUGGCACUCAACAGUGUUGCAGUGGGCCGCUUGUCACAGACAUGGGAGAAAUUACCAGGAAAAUUCCGAAAAAUAUACGAGGAAUUUGAAACUACUUUGGAGCCGUCUAGAAAUCAUCGAGUUUACCGGCUUCUAGCUGGAAAAAUGAAACCUCCCAUCUUGCCAUUUAUGCCACUACUGAUGAAAGACAUGACAUUUACCGACGUAGGGAACAAAACGCAAUUUGACAAUCUAGUGAAUUUUGAGAAAAUGAGAAUGAUCUCCUCUACCGUUCGACUUAUCCAAUACUGUCGCAGCGAGCCUUUUAAGGCUGAACCUCCAUCUCAAUUAAAAAUGGCUCAGGAAAUAACCAUUUUUGUGAGAAACUUGCACGUGAUUGAUAACCAGCGAACUCUAACCCAGCUCUCUCACAGACUGGAACCAAGAAAAACAUAAAGAAACUGGUGAUGAGCAUCAGCAAUCGUCUGUCAGAUAAUCUAAACCGUUCAUCGCGAAGUGUCAAUUCCCUUUAGAUUCGUAUGGUCUUAAAUGCACUUUCUUGAUUCAUCAGUCAGUUCUUCUGUUAGUAGGUCAUGAUAUUUUGAGCGAAUUCGUUGCGUAGAGACAUGAUUUUACAUGAUUUUAAAUGUCGGCCUGGUAGUUCACAGCCCGAUUAAACUAAACCAGGAUUAGAGAGAAUUUUGACUUGAGUUUUGUAACUUUGCAGUGGAACUUUCUGGUUUUAUUAUAUAUGUGGCCUCCUGUUUUGCGUUUGAAUAAUCUCAGGCUACACAAAACAUAACUCAGUAAAGCAGUGGAGAACAUUUCUAUGCAAGAAAAUUUAUACUUCAGUUAACUUUUAAUCCUGGGUUAGCGUUAAUUUUCGAACAGCGCGGUCCUGGGUUUGGAGCGGAAGAAAAACGAAAAAGUACAGCAGUUCUUCGUUAGUUUUCAACACCGGAUAAAUCUGGAACGGAUUAAGACAAAUUUUUGAAGAAGUGGUAUAUUCUACGCAGCAAUCCCCUUUUUUUAAAUUAUGCCGACAUCGUUUUAGAUUAGUUGAAAGUAACUUCAGUUCUUCAGUUCCAAGUUUGUACUUUGAGGAACAUAGACAAGCCGGCAUCGCCUAAGCUAUCAUGUGAGCUAGCUUCGUUAAUCUUAUCAAACCUCGUUUUUUACAUGUUUUUCAAAUCUGCACAGCGGUAUCCUAAAUCUUUUGUUACCGUUUCUCGUCAUUUUCAGAUUUUUUUGGUAUUUUUCUAUCCUCGAUGCCAAGUUUGUUUUUAAUUCCUCUAGUCUUGCAAAGAAGAAUUGACUGUUCAUAAAGUUGGUAGUAUUCGAGGCUCGUUCGAAAAUGGCUUGGCUGUCGCAUAUGAAGAUUUGCGAUUCUCGCUGGUACAAAAUUUUAUCCAUCGAUGAAUAUAGAUUAACAAAAUUUAUAUAUGAUAUUAAAAUACAAUUUAAGUUAUUGAAAUGCACAGAAGCAUAGACAAAUUAUAUUCAGUCAAAAUUUAUGUCAAGGUUAGAGAUAUGCAUUUGUUAUAUACCAUUGGUAAACGAGUUUUUUUUUUCAUAUAUUCUGUAACUUUAUUGCAAUAUUUUUUCCGCUUGGCCCAGCCACUUGGCUCGAUUAGCCUUCGCUAUUUCUAAGUGGCUGUGCUCUGUUUUUCAUUGUUAUUUUUUCACAUUGCAUGUAUUUAUUUUUAUUGUAAAAUUUUUCUGGGCACGAAAUAAAGAUUGUUGUUGUUGUUGUUGUUGUUUUUAAUUAUUUUAAUCAUUUUUAUCUAAUUGUUAUCACGCGAGAGAUAACUAUUUAUUUUACAUUUAAAGAAUAAAGAAGAUAUAGAAGGCUCCGACUCUAAUGUUGUGAAAACAAGUGCCAAAAUUAACAAUAAUUGGCUUAGUCUCUUGUAGCGCGUGCAGGG